UGAUUGGCUGGCGUCGCCCGCCAAUAAACGUUGAAUUGUUGGAUUCAAAUUGAGUGGAAAGCUGAAGAGGUCAGUUAAUCAGCGAGCUCUGCCUCAGGGUGAGGAACGCGAGUUGGGUCCUGCUGGUGUAGCUGCCUCCGCCAUGGCCCAUAAGCAGAUCUACUACUCCGACAAAUACUUCGACGAGCACUACGAGUAUCGACAUGUGAUGUUACCCAGAGAGCUUUCAAAGCAAGUACCAAAAACCCAUCUAAUGUCUGAAGAGGAAUGGAGAAGACUUGGUGUCCAGCAAAGUCUUGGCUGGGUCCAUUACAUGAUCCAUGAGCCAGAACCACACAUCCUUCUCUUUAGAAGACCUCUUCCGAAAGACCAACAAAAAUGAACUUUUUUUCUGGAAAACUUCUAUUAAAUCUUCUGGACUUUAUGUAUAUGAGUGUAUAUAUGUUGGUAGUAUUCAGUGAAUACUUGAAAAAAAAUGUACAAAACAUACAUCCGUAUCUGUGCAUGAGCUGUAUUAUUCACAGCAACAGAGCUCAGUCAAAUGCAAUUCCAAGUAGGCUGCUAUGGUGUCUAAAGAUUAAUUGAAACAUAUUCCUUUACUGUAAUAUAAAUGCCUAUUUGACUUUUUAUUAAAUUACUUUUGUUUAAUAAAGUGUUCAUGUUGCAUGUCUAUGUCCUGACUAUAGACUUAUUACAUGUAUUUUUUCUUUAGAGACUUUAGUUUCAAUACUGAGCUCCUCUGUACAGCAUUGUAAUUACAAAUGUUUGACUAGUUCAAAGCCCAUGGCUUCCCAAUUCUUCACAAUGGGUCUGAAGAAAUAAACACUGACUCUCUUAAUUCUAGAUACCUACUUUGUGAAGUCUUUCUAAGAAAUCUUGUGUAUUAGCAGAUAGUUAAUUCCUAUGUAGAAUUUGGGUGUUAAGGCUAAACUAGUGGAGGAGGUACCUGUCCAAAACUGAUCAUUAAAUCACUGCAUAGGUCCCAUCCGUCUCCCACCCCCACCCC